AUGCCACCAGCUGGCAAGGCAAAAGGGUACAGAACGGUUUAUGACCCCGAACUCGACAAUGAGCUCAGCGAGAAAGAGAAGAAACGCAGAAGCGGAAAAAUCAAGACAAGGUCUUUCGGGACCGAGUCACACCCUGCGCCCCCAGACCCCAGGUUGGCCAUCGCAAACUACACCUCUGGCGGAGCUGUAUCCGAUAAAUUGUCGAAAUCGAAAAGGAAGUUGCGAAUUGCACCUUACAUACUGAAAUCGUAUCCAUACGACAAAAACUCGACAAUUGGGCCUGGUCCGCCAAAGCAAAUUGUCGUCCACAGUUUUGACCCAUUUACGCCCGAAUCCCAACUCAAAUUCUUUUUCGCGAGUUUCGGAGACAUUGCUGAGUUUCGCAACCAGACCGAUCCGAAUACUGGAAGUUUUCUGGGAAUUUGCUUGAUCAGGUACAAAGACAGCAAGCCGAUCAAGGGCGUCUCCGUUUCAGCCACCAAUGCUGCGAAACGCGCUGAAAAGGAAGGGCACAAUGAGCGCAUUGGGUUGACCAAGGUCAAGGUCGAGCUUGAUCGCGAAGGGCGCAAGUGUAGGAAGUAUGUCGAGUAUACGCUUAAGAAGGCGCGGCACGAAUUGGAGAAAGAAGCUGCUCGACAUGCCUCUCACACUGUUUCGCUAGCAGCAGAUUCGCCCGGUUCCUCGACACCUGUCCCACCGCCUCCUCCGCCGCCACCCGGUGCUCCCGAAGAAGUUCCCGCUGCAACGGUGGAUGUGCCCAAGGCGCCGAAAGGACCGGCCUCCAAGCGCGAUCGCGAGCGAGAACGAGCAGGCGCACCAGAACAAGCACCGUCGACCACAAAGGAACGUGACACAGGUCGCUCGGUCGUUGAGUCGGAGCCAAUAUUGGCCAAGAUAAAACGAAAGCCGUACAUUUUUAUUUCUCGUGAUAGCGUGCCUGUCCUGGGGUCCACUGUGCCACAUCUUAAGAAGAGGUUCAAAGCUUUCGACUGGCGAGAGAUUCGCGUUGACAAGACAGGCUACUAUGUCAUUUUUGACGACUCGAAGCGCGGUGAAGACGAGACAGUCAGAUGUUUCAAGGAGUGCAAUAAUGGACCUAUGUUCACGUACAACAUGGCAAUGGAAUGUCAGCAGUACGGCAAUCCUGAUUACGUGCGCAGUCCAAGCCCCGAAACUCAGGCUGUCCAGACCCGGCAGAAAGAAGAAGCAGAUCGCUUGGAGAGAUGGGCUGCUGAGGAUUUGGAGGAAGAGAAGAAAGAAAGAGCUGCGGAUUUGGACCCUGUGAAGGGCGCGCUCGAACAAUUGCAACUCGAAUUGCGCAACAAGAUCAUGGACGACAUCAAGAAACGAGUUGUCAUUCCCGAGCUUUACGACCGUCUCGAUCCCGCCAGACACGUCGCUAAACGACGCAAGCUCGAUAUUCCAGACCCCGUUGACAAUGAAAACCAGCCCCCGAGUUUGUUACUGAACAAAGCGGCCAACACCACCACGUCAACAACUGCUCGAAGCCGGAACGGGCGUCCUUUGUCUCACAGCAAGCCGCUGCGCCCACACGAUCCCAAUCGCGGACGACAGAUCCCCAUGAGUGCCUAUGUCGACGAGCGCAGGCUCAAGAAGCGACCAACUGCACGUCCCGUCCAUGCGCGCCCAUUGCAUUACCGUCUGCAGCACAUGGAUGAUGACGAAGACGAGGACGAGUCCGACGACGACCACAGAACACCAAUGACGCGCGAUACGGACGAUCAAGAGAGCAGGCCGAUGAGUCGGGCUAGCCGUACCUCAACACCCUUCAGCGUGUCAGAGUCGAUUGACUUGCCGACGCCUGCUCCCAAGAAGAGAAAGCUGGUCCACAAAGAGAAGGAGACAAUUCCAGAGGAAGAGCAGGAGAUCUUCGCGCCGCAUCACAAGGAGCUCCUUGGAGAUCUCAUUCAGAAGAUUCCGGAACGCAUGGCCACACGCGAACUCGAGUUGGUUGUUAGCACCCUCCCCCGAGACUCAAAGUUCCAGGAACGCGCACGAACAGAACUCCAUUUCAGACAGCGCGCCAAAUACGACAGCGAAGAGACGCCUGUUCCAGUCAUCGAUACCACCAAAGCAGAACACACAAUGGUCGGCGACAAGGCUGCAUCCCAGUCUGGAGAUUUGUCCGUCAAAGCUAUCAAGAAAGACACCAAACGCAAGCGACCUAAGUCAAAGAAACAGAUCUUUGAGGAGCGCGAAGCAGAAAGGGCCGCGGCAAGAGCCGCUGAAGAGGCUCAGGCUUUGGAAGAUGGCAGCCAGAUUGAAGACAGAGACGUUGACGCUGACGUUGAUGUUGACAUCGAAAUGGCUGAACCAGUCAUCGAAGAAGAGGAAGAGGCUGAAAGACCGCAGGUCGAAUGGGCUGUGUCCACUGGCGAGCCACGCAAAACCGUCGAAGAUGAUGACGAUACGUUCUUGGACAUUGAUGGUUGGAAGCACAUUGUCAAAGAUGCAGAAGAUAUGCGGUUCCUUCGUCAAGCUCUGGAAGAUUUGCCAGCUGCAGAGGUUGGAGAUGUCACGCUAUGGGCUUGGAAGCAAAAGGAGAUCAAGGCGCUUAACUCGCGUGGACCAGCUGCCGAAGCAAAGAUCCAAGGGUACUACGUCCCGAACGCCUCCGGUUGUGCUCGCACUGAAGGAGUCAAGAAGAUCUUGGAGUCGGAAAAGUCAAAGUACCUGCCUCACCGCAUCCGUGUUCAGAAAGAGCGCGAGGCCCGCGAGGCACAGGCACGAGAGAACCCCAAUGCUAUUGCUGCCGCCGAAGCAGCAGCUGAAGCCGCAAAGGCAGCCGCAGCCGCCAAAAUCGCAUCUGUCGCUACAUCUCGCAGCAACCGUGCUAAUAACCGACGCCUGGUCAAUGACAUCAACUUGCAAAAGCAGAACCUCACUAUUACUGGUGGUGAAGCCGAUGCUAUCAAGUUCAAUGCACUGAAGAAGAGAAAGAAGCAUGUCAAGUUUGACAGAUCGGCCAUCCACGGUUGGGGUCUGUAUGCUAUGGAGAACAUUGCUUCGAACGAUCUCAUCAUCGAGUAUGUCGGCGAAAAAGUACGCCAAAAGGUUGCGGACCUUCGCGAAAUCAAAUACGACAAGCAGGGCAUUGGAAGCAGUUACCUCUUCCGCAUGGCAGACGACGAAAUCAUCGACGCCACGAAGAAGGGUGGUAUUGCGCGUUUCAUCAACCACAGUUGUACACCCAACUGCACGGCCAAGAUCAUCAAAGUCGAUGGCACCAGGAGAAUCGUCAUCUAUGCACUCAAGGACAUUACGAAAAAUGACGAGCUCACAUACGAUUACAAGUUCGAGCGCGAGUACGGCAGCGACGAUCGCAUUCCUUGUCUUUGCGGUUCCGUGGGAUGUAAAGGUUUCCUGAACUAA